AUGGGCCGCGCCGCGCCGUCGCCAUCGCCGAGCUCGCCGCAGCUCGGGCGCAAGCGCACGGCGGCGCCCACACCGGAGCCGCCGACGCCGCGGCGCUACUGCUCCAUGGACGACGUCAUGCGCCGCGCGCGCGCCGUCGACGCGCCGCCCCCCGUCGCCCGCGCGCCGGUGUACACCUACUACGAGAACCUCAUCUGCGAGACCUGCGGCUCCGGCGACCGCGACGACGACCUGCUCCUCUGCGACCGCUGCGACCGCGGCCACCACACCUUCUGCCUCCGCCCCAUCGCCGCCAAGGUCCCCAUCGGCCCCUGGUUCUGCCCCGUCUGCGCCCCGCCCGCCAAGGCCCCCAAGAGAUUCCCGAUGAAGCAGACCAAGAUCAUCGAUUUCUUCGGGAUUCAGAAGGAUGGGCAGGAUGCCCAGGCCCCCAAAUGUAGGCUCUCCCAAGAUGCUAGAAGGCGAAGGAAGCGUUCUCUUGUUAUGCACAAGAAGAGGAGGAGGAUACUGCCAUUUGUUCCAUCUGAAGAUGGAGCUAGAAGACUAAAACAAAUGGCGUCUCUGGCCACUGCUUUGACGUCUUCCAAAACAGAGUUCAGUAAUGAACUGACUUACAUGCCUAAUAUGGCUCCUAGAUCUUCCAAUCUGGCAAGAUUGGAGGUAGGCGGUAUGCAGGCUGAUGGUGAUAUUAAGGAUAUGACCUUCCUCGCCGAAUAUGCUGGGGAUGUCGAUUAUCUGGAGAAGAGAGCAAACGAUGAUAUUGACUGUAUUAUGACGCUCCUCCUGACAGCUGACCCUUCCCAAAGGCUGGUCAUUUGCCCUGACAAGCGGGGGAACAUUUCUCGCUUUAUCAGUGGCAUCAAUAACCACACACAGGAUGGCAAGAAGAAGCAGAAUGUCAAGUGUGUGCGGUAUGACAUUGAUGGGGAGAGCCAUGUCAUGUUGGUGGCCUGCCGUGAUAUAGUUUGUGGUGAAAAGCUAUAUUACGAUUACAAUGGAUACGAGCAUGCCUAUCCCACUCAACAUUUCCUCUAA